CUGCCCAUCCAUGGCGGCUUGGCGGCCAAGUGACUGACCUUUGAUAACAUAGGUCAUUGGGAUCAGCCGAGGAUUUCCCCUUGGGAUUUGAGCAUUUCAAGACCUCCAGUCUUGCACUCACAGCCCACUGGACGUCUAGAGCAGAGCCUACUAGUCUCGCACACCCUUCACGGAUGCACGGGUUCGCAGGCCCCUCGUCCCCCGAGAGUCCGCCGCUUGUCCGCGUGUCUGUCGCAGCCGCUGAGACUCCGCCGCUUGUGCGGCAGCGGGCAAGAGCUCGCUCUCUUAUGGUAGACUCGUUAGCGUCGCCGCUCCUAGGCCCAUGCGCUAGCGACGCUCUUUUCAGCGAAGGAAAGGCGUCAGUGCGUCGCGAGCCACCAGCCAUGGGGUCGCAACUGUCGGAGGAGAAGCAGCGGCUCACGGCGGGAGUGCCGCUCUCGCACGAGGACGUGGCGCACGAGCAGUUCGAGAAGAGCCACGGGCCGCACGGCAAGAAGCUGACGCUGCUGCCGCUCAUCGCGCUCAUCUUCUUCGAGGUGUCUGGCGGGCCAUACGGCGUGGAGGACGCAGUGAAGUACGGCGGACCGCUGCUCGCCAUCCUCGGCUUCACCGUCUUCCCUCUUAUUUGGAGUGUGCCUGAGGCGCUCACAACAGCGGAGCUGGGAACAGCCUUUCCUGAGAACGGCGGCUACGUGGUGUGGGUGUCGGCGGCGUUCGGCCCCUUCUGGGGCUUCCAGGAGGGGUGGUGGAAGUGGCUGAGCGGGGUCAUCGACAACUCGCUGUACCCGCUGCUCUUCCUCGACUACCUCAAGCGCGAGGUCCCCAUGUUCGAGAGCGGCCUCCCGCGCAUGGCGGCGCUGCUCGCCAUGACACUCCUGCUAACGUACAUCAACUACAGGGGUCUGACCAUAGUGGGCGCGGCGGCCAUCGCGCUGGCAGUCUUCGGGCUGCUGCCCUUCGUGGUGAUGGCGCUGCUCGCCAUCCCCAAGAUCCAACCCGCGCGCUGGUUGGUGGUGGAUCUGAACCGCGUGCACUGGCGGGGCUACUUCAACACGCUCUUCUGGAACCUCAACUACUGGGACUCUGUCAGCACGCUUGCGGGGGAGAUAGAGGAGCCCAAGCGCACGUUCCCGCGGGCGCUCAUGGGGGCGGUGGUGCUGGUCGUGGUCAGCUACCUCGUGCCGCUGCUGGCGGGCACGGGCGCCAUGCCCUUCUCGCCUGAGGGGUGGGAUGAUGGGUACCUCGCCGUGGUGGGCCGCGCUAUUGGCGGCGGGUGGUUGGCGUGGUGGAUCGCGUGCGCUGCGGCGCUCUCCAACAUGGGCGCGUUUGAGGCCGAGAUGAGCAGCGACGCGUUCCAGCUGCUGGGCAUGGCGGAGCGGGGGAUGCUGCCGGAGGUGUUCACGUACCGGUCGCGGCACGGCACGCCCGUGCUGGGCAUCGUGUGCAGCGCCACAGGCAUCGUGCUGCUGUCGUGGAUGAGCUUCCAGCAGAUCGUCGAGUUCCUCAACUUCCUCUACUGCUUCGGCAUGCUGCUCGAGUUUGCCGCCUUCAUUGCGCUGCGAGUCACGCAGCCCGAGCUGAAUCGGCCCUACAGGAUCCCGGUGGACACCAUGGGGGCUGCGCUGCUGUGCCUGCCGCCCUCCCUGCUGCUCAUCCUCGUCAUGGCCCUCGCCUCCCGGCAGACCGUCAUUGCCAGCUCCAUAAUGGCGUCCGUGGGGCUGCUGCUGUAUCCCCUCCUGAUGUGGGCGAAGCACCACGGCGUGCUCAAGUUCACGCAGGACCCGGGCCUGCCGGACGUGGCCCUUAUGGAGGAGGAGGAGGGAAAAGAGGGUGAGGAGGGCUUUGAUGGGGCGGCAACGAAGGGAGGGUAUGGGAAGGUGGAUGGUGGGGUUGGUGGUGUGGAAGGGGAGAAUGGGACCAUGGCUGACAGUGAGAACGGGCUGCUGCUGGGGAAGGGGCAGAGGGAGAAGGGCAGCAGCAAAGUGGUGCCGGUUGAGAGCCCAGUGGAGCCGCAGGGGCUGCUGCAAGCAACUGCACGUGAUGCUCCACUCUCUGCAUGUGAGGGGCAGUCGCCGCCUGUCAUGGUUGGCUCACUGCCAAGUGAUGGUCUGUUUGCCCAAGGGGUGCUGUCAGCGGAGAGGUUGGGAGCUGGAGCAAAUGCAAGUCAUGCGCUACAACCCAAGGUUGGCUGUGCGGCAGAUUCAAAAUCAGAUUAUGGGAUUUUGCUGGGAGACUCAAGUGGUUGCAGAUAGCAUAUCCUUUAUGCGAUUGUUUCAUCCAACGCCAAUCCCACCUUGUAUUAAAAUUUCAUUUUGUAUACAUCUCAUUCACAUAUCAUAUGUGUUGGGCUGAGA